AUGUUGGACGACUCGGACGGAUUCGACUUUUACAGCGCCGAAUCAACGUCCCCCAUUUGCUUGGCCAUCGCGGGUGUCUUCAAGGAAUUUCGUCAAAUGCGAGCCUGCCCGCGGGCGACGCAGUGCAUAUUGCUUAAAAAAUCGUCAAAAUAUGUGGUGAAAAGAAUUAAAAUCGAAGAGACUGAAUUGGAAAUGAUUGGAGCCGAAGGGCGGGCCCAGUUUAGGGAGCAGAAGAUGGAAAAA